AUGGAAAGUAUAAUUAAAAAAAGAGAUGUGUCUGGAAAUGGAUAUUAUUUCCAGUCGUCGUACGUCGCGAACGAAUUUCAAAUAAAUAAAGAACAACGAAUUGUUCAGCCAACGAGCACUGUUGUUCCACACACAGUUAAUCCAGAUCUCCCGAGGGCACCACUGGAACUCACUCAUCAGGCAAAAUCAUAUCCAGGACGAACAACAACAAAAUUCACUCGAACGCCUAGCAUAUCGUCUCAGGGAAGUUUAGACAGUUGCAUUUCAAAACAGAAUUGCGAACAUCGUGGAUCCUCACCACAGAUUCGUACAUUUUCUCCAGAUGGUAAAUCAAACAAUGUACCCGUCGGAGAUGGUAGCGGUGCAGCAGCAUCCGGUGGAAAUCUUCGUUCUACGUCACCACACAGAACGGCAUCACUAGAUAUGAGAAGUUCCAAUUGGGAUGUUAGAACUCAAAGUUCGAGUCAAGGUUCUCUCUCUAGUAUUGUUUCAUCCGUGUCGUCUGCUCCGACUCCAAGUUCUCCCAGACAUCAGGGUGGCAUCAACAGAUGUUUAUCUCCUUUGCUUAUUCCAACGGCGGUACGAACUGUCACGUCCGAAUCUCAAAUGCCUCCUCCUUGUAGCCCACUCGGAGCCAUACAACCUGAUUUAUACACGAAAAAAGAAGGUCCGCUGUUUUUAUCGGGAAACGGAAACGGUUCCAGUUUGGGUCGGCUACAUUUAAGGUUGAAAUAUGAUUUCGAUAGAUCAGAUCUUAUCGUUCAUCUCAUCGAAGCGCACGACCUGGCAGGAAGCGAAUCAGGUGGUUUUAACGAUCCUUACGUACGUUUGGAAUUGAUACCGGCCAUAGAUAACCGGAAAAGGCAAACGACAAUUCAUAGAAACAACAACAAUCCUUAUUUCGACGAACAUUUUAAAUUUCCGGUUUCGUUUGAAGAUUUACAAAAUAAAACAUUGUUGUUUCAGAUAUUCGAUUACGAUCGUUUUUCGAGAAAUGACGUCAUAGGGGAAGUUAAGAUACCCAUGAUGGACAUAGAAGUGAUAUCGAGCAUAGAAAUAUGGGGAGAAAUAACAAAAGGGAAAAAACCUCGGGAAGAAUUUCAAGAAUUGUUGAUAUCGUUGAGUUACCUACCCUCGGCGGAACGUUUGACGGUCGUCGUACUCAAAGCAAGAAAUUUAUUCUUACCGGAAGACAAAGAAAUGAUCGAUCCUUUCGUUAAAGUUUAUCUCAUAGCGGAGGGAAAAAGGAGUAAAAAGAAGAAAACGGCAACGAGAAAAGGAAACAGGAAUCCCGUCUGGAACGAAGCACUGACGUUUAACGUAUCAUCAUCCUCGUUGUCGAAAGCAGCCAUCGAAAUAUGCGUUUUGGAUCAGGGUAACGAUUUGAUUGGACACAAUCCACUACUGGGAUGCUGUCUCGUUGGUCCAGGUGAAAUAGGAACGGAAAGAGAUCAUUGGAUAGAAAUGAUGAAUAGUCCUAGGAAAGCAAUCGCCAUGUGGCACACGCUACGGUAG